AUGUCUUACGAAAGCGAACAACGUCGACUCUUAGCCUUGUUUGAACAAGCUGACGCCAGUGGAAAUGAACAGUGCAGUUCAGACGACCAGGGUGAAAUCGACCAUAUUUCAGAGCGAAGUCAAGGCAGUGAUACGGAACAGGAAUGCAGCGAUGAUGAGCAAGAAGUAAUUGUUUCAACAAUUAUUAGUUUCCUGUUCACGGCUGUGAUGGGAGCCAGGCCAUGCAUCUGUCCAGAAAUAUAUAAGCCUGUGUGCUCUGUUGAUGGAGUGCAAUAUGGGAAUGAGUGCAGAGCUCGUUGCGCAGGCGUCACUAAUGCUAGCGCAAGUUACUGUCGGUGA